AUGGCAGCCGAGCUCAUCAUGCCCACGCUACCUGGAGACCAGCCGCAGUCACGGCACUUUCUCCCCAACCAACAACUCCAGCGCCCUCAUCACACACGCUCCCACUCGUACCAAGUUCCCCGAGGACCGCAGAUUUCACCCCUCGACACGUCGGGCAUGCCUCAAAACCAAGUCUAUUCUACUCCGCCCUCGCCCAAGGGUCGUCAUGGCGGUCGCCCAAUGUACAUGCCCGCCGUGCUGCGGCCCUGCGACGAAUUUCCUUCCCGCAAGGUCACGAGGUGCAAGACCGCCGGCUCUACCUCCUCCUCUGACUCGGACUCGACUCUGCGUCGCGCCAACACCGCCAUCAUGGGCAUCCCCGGUCUGUCGCUCUUUGGCCAGCGACUCUCACGACGAUCCACCGGCGAGAGUGGCAAGACGCUGGACGGGGAGUGGAAGCUCGACUCGUUCCCCGAAGUAUCGGGCUUGCCUACCCGUUUGCACUGGAAGCCUGAUGCCGAAUCCACCGUCUGCGACGAUCCUACCUGCAAACGCACAUUCAACUACUUCGUCCGCCGCCACCACUGCCGCAAAUGCGGCAACAUCUUCUGCGACUGGCACUCCAGCGCCGUCCUACCGCUCGACCAAAACGCCCGCUUCAACCCUCGCGCUGGCCCCUCACGCACCUGCAACCACUGCUUCGAAGAAGUCAAGGCCCUUCACAGCAGAAACAACAGCCAGUCCUCCAGCUCCACCAACUCAGAUAUGCCGCCCACACCUAUGAAUGCCCCCGUUGCACCUGGUGUUACCCCCCCUCACAAACCCGAAGUCGCGGCUAGCGUUCCUCGCGACUGGAACUGGAGCACUUUUUAA